AUGUCUGUAUGGUCUUCAGAGGGGACGGGGAGGCUUCUACGCUUCCGGUUCUCUUCUGGAUAUAGGAGAAGGGGGUUCUUCUAUUUACCGCGGCGCGAUGUCCUUGCUCGGUUCAACAGCACCUCGAGAGAUCCUGCCGACGAUCCAGAAUCCAGUCUGCCCCAAUACAGACAAAAGUUGCUUCGAUCGGACGACUCUUUUCGUUCGUAUGUCGUUGAUAGGAGAUGGAGGGAUAAGCGUAAGACGGUGACGCUUGAUGUGGAUUCUCUUGGAAAACCGGGCGAAAUUGUCCUUGUACCAGAUAGCAAACGUCGGCGGCGCCAGAAUAACGCACCGAAAAAAACAGAAAUCUCGGAAGCUGUCAACGAUGACACAUUGCUUCCUGUUUUUGUUGAAGAAUUAGAGGCGGAGGAAGAAUGGCUAAAUGAUCCGGAUAUUGACGAAAAGAUGGAAGGCUUUCGGUCGCCUCAUCUUCCAGGCGACAAGCUGAAUGCUGCCGGUUGGGAAGAUCUUCGGUCUAGAAUUGAGAUGGCUUUCACAUAUCAGCAGCUGUCGGAUUAUGUUUCAGAGCAUGCACCGAAGGAGUCGAUCUUCAGUGCGGAUACCGGAGUAUGGUAUCCUGGAAAGUCGGCAUUUCUAGAAAUAGGCUCUCGAUCCAGUGCGCAUCUUGCCAACAGAGUAGCGGUAAUGCAAGGUCUCAAAAAGAAACAAGUGCUUGUGGAAGCGGUACUCCGAGACUGCUGGCAGCUUGGAGUCGCCAAUGAGAUUGGCCAACUGGACAUGGUUCUACCUGAACCUUUAAUAUCGCUGUUUAUUUCCAAGAGCUUUUACCUUGAGGAUCUGGCCAAUCUGCAUGGUGCGAAGAUUGACAUUUCACGGAACUUGAAACUUAUUCGAAUUACCGGAACAGAACAUUCAUGUGAGUCUAUUCGAGAGGUUAUUGAAGAUACUAGGGGCAGAAUACGAGAAGAAGAUAUCACAUUGCUCCCGCCUGGGGUUACACCUUCACAAAACCUCCGUCGCGAUAUAGGCAGGGGACUUGUGGAUUGGGUCAAUCAAACUUAUGGCGUUUUCGUGACACACGAGCAUCUGCAUGCGCCAAUGAAGAUCUAUUAUUUCGCUGAAGACCAGAGACAAGCGGAGGACGCUCGGAGGACGCUGAACCUUGCCAUCAAUGAAAGACUAGCUAAGCGAAUACGGUUAUUCACUCAUAUGCCCUUUUCAAAGGCCCUUGAUGUCUACAAGGUUGAUGCAGGUGACGGCAUCUCAUGGUUGGGUCGGAAAGACCAGUGGUUUCGCUGGGCAAUGCCCGCCCAACAGACCGGAGAUACCCACUUUUUUGAGAGCCAACAGUCACGCCAUUCUGGUGACCUUUGGAAUUUCCUCAAGAUCAGGAGUGCCUCAUCAAAGGGUAGCUUUGACCUGCAAGAAAAUUUGACAGCGGCAGUUGGGAGAUGUCUCUUCGUGCGUGGGCCAUCCAACAAGACGUCCUUCAAAAUCUCCGAGCUGGAGGAAAUCAUAAAAGGAAAAACCUUCACGACUGAUAUCCCUCGAAUUACGCCCUUUCUGCGCUUAUUGAGUCCCUUCCCGUCUCGGGCGUUCGAGCAGUCUCAUCUCAUUCAACUGGUCCCAUCGUCUGCCUAUAUCACCAGUCUCCCACGUCUCGAGUUCGAAGUCACGGUCACACGAACCAAGAGUCUUGCCGGGUCGAGCGCUGAUGUGAAGUUGCGUAGCGCAAAAGCCAUCUUCGGCGGGAGAAAUAUUUAUUAUUUGCUCCCGGAAUGUGGCCUUGAUCUUCGCUUCACCCGGAAUGUGUAUCGGGAUCUAAUAAGCACAAAUAAUAAUAAUUUUUCCACAUCCAAGGGUGCCGACACUUUCAUGGCUGCCGUCAACAGCUGUUUGCAGGAUCUUUUCUCUAAGUACGAGGGCUCGGGUACAGAAGGGAUGCCAGCCUUCUGUCGUAUCCCAGUCCCCAGAUCGCUUUUUAGGCCGCAAAAGGAAGUGCCACAUGAGGAGAAAGACGACAAUGAUGUCGUUUUGGUUGAAUAUAUAAUCCCGCUGUUUAAAGACCUGCGAGACUCACGUAUUGAUCACUAUGACUUCUAUGGCGAACGGCUCAGUUACCGUCAUUACGAAACUGGGCCAUUCCUUCCGGAACGGGGUACAGACCUUUUCCUUAGCAUGGAUUUGCCUGAUGUUGGUGGUGCUCAGCCUACCACAUCCACAGACUCGCCCGAGCCUGCAUCGGCAUUAGCAGGGGAAGACGGUCCGCUUGAGGAUACUCUCAGAGCAGAGUUCGAUUCGUUUUGCAGAACAGCUUACCGGCUGGCGUUGGAGGUAGACAAAGCCGGGUAA